AUGCACCUCAGCAUAAUAUCUCUUCUUUGCACCGUUGCCUACGGCAUAAGCCGUAUUUCAGGUCCAAAUGUCAAGGCUGUUUACUUUGCUGAGAAGAUAAAAGGACAAAUGCUGAACGGGAGCUUGAUAAGAAAUAUACAAGUGGAUUUGGAAAGUUCCUGUCAGCUUGAGUGUGUAAAUGAAGAGCGAUGUCAGUCUUACAACUUUGGAACCAUAAAGGGCGACUCAAACAAAUUCAAGUGUCAACUAAGCGACUCUGAUCGAUUUGCUGGAUUUGUUAAAUUUAUUGAGGAUAAAGAUUUCAUUUACAGGGGAAUAAAGGUAAGCUAACAAAAUCUGUCACUUUGUGUUUAAUCGAGACGGAGUUUCUUUAAAAUAUUGAUUAACUUUAAAGUAUUUAAGUUUCAUUUCUUAUUUUUUUCUCCUUGACGAAAGUAACUUGGUCCCACGCUUUAACUUAUCGGCAAAAGAAGAUCCGACAACGAUCGUGAUAGAAAUUAGUCCGCUGUUAGCGUUAAGGUAAAGAGACUCGACUAACAAAAAAAGCUGGGUUUUCGUGAAAAAUGAUUUAGAUGACUUUGAGGUCAUUUUGGCGAUGAAUACCUGCUGAGAAGCUAUUAAAGACAAUAUAAAUUGGUCUGAUAUAUACUGGCAAAAAUAGAGCCUUCAUCCUUGCUUUUCUUUUGAAGUAAAUCUUUCAAGUGAACUAGUCGCGUUUUGAUAUCCAAAAGGAAAGGAUAUGUAUUCUGUUGCGCUUCGGAAUAAAAUUGUCACAUAUUGUAGGAAGACUUGGUUUAUUUAUUAAGGGGACUCACUCAUGGCUAUAACCACCGUCAGUGAUGAUAAAAAGAUACUGAUAAAAGUAAUGAUUGUGGCAGUGACGAUAAUAAUAACUUCUAUUCAUCAUCACACCAUCAUCACCAUCAUCAUUAUUUAUACCAGAAACCUAACAUACGAGGUCUCUCUUUUCCUAAGAAAGAGAGUUGUAUACAGUCUCAUCGACUUUGUUUACUUCCCAACCUACUACAAGUUUCCUGUUGCACGUAACAGGGUGCACAAGCCGAAGACCGUAUCGCAAAGUAAUUUGUGCAAAUCCUGUCCGCAACAAAAUGAGUGUCCAUCCUUCGAAUAUCCCUGUGCCAUUGAAAGAAACGAACUCCUUUGACUUACAAAUGUGUAGGAGUUUACUUGACACAACUUUUCUCUCUAGAGCUCGUGUGAAGAGGACAGUUUCCAAUGUGGUGAUCAUAGUAUAUGCGUUCCCAACUAUCAAGAUGACAGCGUUCGAUGCCAGUGUAAGCACGGCUUCACAGGAAAACCUUGCGGUAGGUAUAUAUCCCUUUACUUAGUCAUGGAAAAAGCCUCCAUAAUCACAUAAAGAGGUGAGCUUGAAUAGGUUCUUUUGUUUCCUCGCAAUAGAACCAAAAAGCUGCUCUCAAUUGUUUCAAGAUGGUUUCAAUUCUAGUGGCGUGUACACCAUCAAUCCAGAUGGCGGCAAACCAAUCCAGGUGUUUUGUGACAUGACCACAGACGGUGGAGGCUGGACCGUUUUUCAGAAACGCUUGGACGGCUCUGUUGACUUCUAUCUUCAAUGGGAAUCCUACAAAAACGGCUUCGGGAGUCUGAGCGGAGAGUUCUGGCUUGGAAACGACAAUCUUCACCGUUUAACAGCCGCUGAUGACGUUAUGUUGAGAGUUGAUCUGGAAGACUUUGAAGGGAACAUCACGUACGCUGAGUACACGAAUUUCAGUGUGGCAGACGAAGCUGACAAGUACCGGCUUUUGAUUGGGGGAUACAAGGGCACCGCUGGUGACUCUAUGACGGCACAUAGGUAAGAAAGGAAUUCAGGUUGACUGAGAGAGAAUCCAUUUCCAACCGCGGGAAGCAUGUUUCGACUAGGGGUGUAGCUUUAGAAAUUCAUAUCGAAGGGAACUAAUCAUGAACGGCUUAUCACAUCUAGUUUGAAUUUUGUAUCUUAGAGAAACAUUCUCAGAUAAAACAAAUGAAAACGUCUAGCUUUGAUGUUUAUUUUGGGAGUUUUAUGUUUUAUUGGUCACCAUCUUCGUUUAAAUUUUGAAUCAUUCUGCAAUCGCUAUUAAGUUUAAUUACAUAGGUUCUACGUCCAACAAAAACUGCACGACUGUCAGGUUUUUUCUCUCUAUCCUGUUCUAUCGAGCUGACUGGUUUCAUCGUUCAUUAUCAUGAGAGAAACUCCGGUAUCAACAUAGUGUCAACAAAGUAGAGGCAUUCUGUAUUGAAAUUUAAAGAUACGACGGUGGAAAUAGAAAAGAAAAAAAGAACUUUUGACGGACUAAACGAUUGAGGUUUAGAACGAUUAGAUGCUGAAAUAGAAACAAAACGAAAUAAAAAAACCUAUUGAAAAAUAAGGAAACGGCCUUUUUGCACUAACGGGCAAACUUUUUGCUUCGUCUGUGGCAUCCGCAUCAAAAAAAUUUCAAAGCCGUCAAAUUCCGUCAGCGCCUGGUAUGUUCUUAAGACCGGCCAGCCGAGUUUGCCAAAAGAUUAAACCUCCAAUUUCCAGGAUUUGUCCAAGUUUUUUUAAAAUUUUGAGUCCUCGUGUUUUGCAACAAAAGGUUAUUAUUGCCUUCCUACUCUAUUGAUUUCAGUUCAUUUACAGGCUAGUCUUAGCUUUUAUGACAAAUGAUCGACAAGUUUAUCACGGUUUUGUUUAUUCAGUCGAUUUUGUUCAGUUUUUAUCUGGGACAAAUCUUGUCGGCGGUGCGUUAGAAGAUUUAUCUGCCUCGGACAAAAUUUGUCAAAUCACGACAAACCAUCUGCACUUGCAAAAUGUUGAUGAUGACAGAAAACAACUUAUUCGCUAGUGCUAGGCUCUUACUGAUAGUGCUAGUACUUUUUAGGCAUUAUUUGGCUUCGCGAGCAUUUUUUUUUUACAUUUUAUUCCAAAAAGCACUGCUAGCAUUAUUUUGAAUUUCCGACUGAUUGUUUGUAUAAUUUUGUGUAAAAAAGCACAAUCUGACUUUAUUAAUGUCGUCCAAAGCCUCAUUUUGCCCUCAUUUUAGUCAAAGGAGCCGAGGAGGCUUGAGAAAUAGGUUUGAUAGGUCAGCGGUUGCCUUCUAGAAACCCAGUUCACCACACUCUUUCCAAGAUGGCGUCAUCCACGUUGUCAUCGAGGGACAAUGGAAGUCAGCCAGCCAAGGCAGAGAUAGCUCGAGAGCCAUCAAUCAGUGAAAAAAAUAAGACUAUAAAAAUAUUCUAUGUUUAAAAAAUCGGGAAAAAAGUGAGCAUUUUUAUGUAACCCACGAGAAAUUUUGUAAAAAAUUGGCAUUUUUUAGCUUUUUUUUGGCAAAAAAAAAGCACUGCUUUAAACAUUUAAUGCUUUUUUUACGAGCACUAUCGGUAAGAGCCUAGCUAGUGCGGAAAGGCCCUAACUUUAUAUAUGCAAGGAACUGAUAAACCAAGAUACUUUCGUGAGCCUCAAACUAACUACAUCAACGUACACUUCUAGUAAUAUGUGAGACUUACGUGAGUAAGAUUGAGAUCUCAACAGUUUUUCAAGAUUCCAAUCUCAUAAGUCACGUGAUUUGAUUACGUAAUCCAAUAACAUAGACUGCCAAGAAUGUGCCACCUUUGCUUUAACACCCGCAAAUAGAUAAACGUUCAAAGCUUCUUGAAAAAGGACGAUAAACCGUAGGCCCCCGUCUCCUGCAUCUUCUCUCUACUGGUCAGCAGGGGGUGUUAAAGAACCCACGUACUUUUCGCAAAGAGAAGAGAAAGAAAUUCCCUGUGUUUUGGUCUGGCCUGGUUGUUAUUAGUUUGUAUAGGCUACCAUCCAAACCAGCUCUAAAGCUGAACUUGGUCAGCCUGUAUAAAUAUCGUGAAUAAAUAAAAAAUAAUUUUUGCUUUCUAUGUGUCUAAACAUGGUGAAAACAAGCUUACAUGAAAUUUGAUUUCAUUUCAGCAGUAUGAGGUUUUCUACGAAUGAUCAAGACAAUGACCCAGAUAGCAGCCACCACUGCUCCCAACACUUCAAGGGAGCCUGGUGGUACAGAAGCUGUCAUUACUCCAAUCUAAACGGAUUGUACCUCAAUGGCUCCCAAGUGUCUUUUGCUAAUGGGGUCAACUGGCAUUCUUUCAGAGGCUAUCGUUACUCACUAAAACGCACCGAGAUGAAAGUGAGAACCAAAGUUUAA